UGACGGCCCCUUUCCGCGACAUCCGAAUGGGCCGAGCGGUGCUCCGAAGCUUUUCUGAUGGAUGGCCGUGCCGUGGUGGUGCAUCUCGCCUCGGGGCGCUCCGCGGAGAUGUUCGCGUCAGCGGAGUGGACCUUCAAAGAUGUGCAGGUCCAGGCGGCUGAAACCUUCGGCCUGGAUCCGCGCAGCCUCGCGCUGUGGCACGGCAAGCGGCGCCUGCGCCUCUUGCACCUGGUGGCCUCCGAGUCGGAUGGCCUGUGCGCUGGGGAGCGGCUGGUGCUGGCGGGGGUGUCGUCUUGGCCGCAGGUGGCGGCCAGCGCUACAGCCUUUGCGGCGGUCUAUGGGGAUGGCAGCGUAGCAACCUGGGGCGAAGAGGAAUGCGGCGGAGAUAGCAGUGGUGUGCAAGAUCAGCUGACGGAGGUUCUGCAGAUCCAGUCCUCCCUGGGCGCCUUUGCUGCCUUGCGAGCGGAUGGAUCUGUGGUUAGCUGGGGUGCCGAAGAGGCUGGUGAUAGCAGCCGUGUGCAAGACAGGUUGACCAGCGUCACCGCCAUCCAGGCGUGCCGGGGCGCCUUCUGCGCCCUGCGAGCUGAUGGGUGCGUGGUCACCUGGGGCAAGGCGGAGGCGGGGGGAGACAGCGACAACGUGCAGGAGGAGUUGCGAGACGUCUUGUGCAUCCAAUCUGCUCUGGAUGCCUUCGCUGCCAUCCGGGCCGACGGAGGUGUGGUGACCUGGGGGGACCCCAAGCUCGGGGGCUGCGUCCAGCAGUUGAAGGGCGUCAGGCACAUCCAGGGCCACACUCGCAGAUCCAGCGAUGGCGGCGCAUUCGCGGCCAUCUCCGUGGACGGCGAUGUGGAGACCUGGGGAUGUGCCAGCCAUGGGGGCGAUUGCAGCUACGUGCAGCAGCGACUAAAGGAUGUCCAAUGCAUUCAGGUUUGUGACAGCUCGUUUGCAGCCAUUCGUGGAGACGGGCAAGUGGUGACCUGGGGCGAUCCUUGUGCUGGCGGCGACAGCAGCUGUGUGCAAGAGAGUCUGAGGGACGUGGCUUGCAUCAAGUCCACGAACUCCGCCUUCGCGGCUCUGCUUCGAAGCGGGCGCGUGGUGACGUGGGGCGAGCCCUCCACCGGGGGAGACAGCAGCGAAGUGCAGCACCGCCUGCUCAAUGUCCAAAGCCUGCAGUCCACCGGCGGUGCCUUCGCCGCCAUUUGCGGCGGCAGAGUGGUGACCUGGGGCCGGCCCGACACUGGCGGAGACAGCCUGGAUGUGCAGGACCAGCUGGUGGACGUUGACCAGAUCCAGUCCUCCAGCUGCGCCUUCGCGGCGCUCCGCAAAGACGGGCGUGUGGUGACCUGGGGAGACACCAGCUGUGGCGGGGACAGCAGCAAGGUCCAGGAUCAGCUGCGGGAUGUGAGGUGCAUCCAGGCCAGCGGCUGCGCCUUCUGCGCGGUUUGCGCGGACGGGCGGGUGGUGCUCUGGGGCGCCAUGAGCACCGGGGAGGUCAUCGGCCAGCUCUGCGCCGUGAGCUGUCUCCUGAUCUCCGCCGUGGCCAACGAGCUCUUCCCGCUGCUCUCGCCCAAGCAGGGGGUCUCACCACACGUGGCCACGGGCGCGCUGCUCGUGGGCUUCACCGUGGGGCUGGUCUUCAUGUUUGGCCUGGGCUACUUGACAGAGAGCAUGGAGGAGGAUGAGGACGAGGAGGACCCAAAGCAAACGCGGACCAACAGCGACAUCGAGACGGCACUGGUGGAUGUGGGCGAGGCGGAGAGGGACAAGGCCAAGGAAACUUUCAACUCAGAGACGAAGGAGAUCUACGGAGAAGUGGGGCGCUUGCAGGAGGCGCUGGAGCAAGGCACCCAGAACCACAUCGAUGAGAUCCUGCAUGGCCUCGAGUACCGAGUGCACCGCGCCACUCGGGUGUUGUACGUGCGUGGUGGCCUGGAUGACCAGAACCUGACCAGGAUGAAGUUCCACGGCCGUGAGCUCCGGGCGGUGGCAGAUCGUUUACGCAGCUUCGACUCCUUCCAGAAGGCCAAGGACGACCUCAAGGAUUUCCAGGCCUGCCUGGAGCACCUGCACGGGCACGCGGAGCGCGUGCCCUUCCGGCGAUGGAAGGCCCUGGCCAAGCCCGCGGAGGACACGCAGCUCUCUGAGCAGCUGCCGCUGGCGCUGGUCACCGCGGUCAUUGUGGACGCAGCUGUGGACGGGAUGCUGAUUGGUUUGUCCUACGCGGCAUCACCGAGUGCCACAGCUGCAACUGAUCACGUUCUGCACUUGACUUCCUGGGGCACCGCCGGGGCAGAACGGCCUCGCUUGGCUCAGACGGACCCGACUCGACCCAUGCCCGCCAUGUCGAAGAUCGCCAUGGGCGCCGGAGUGGCGCUGGCCGGGACGGCCUUCUUGGCGCCCCAGAAGGUGAGCACCACUGCGCCGGCCAAUUCCCAAGGCCUGCGCGGCGCGCCGGCUUCGGCCCAGCAACCGUCCUUGGGUCUCGGCAGCCUCGCCCUGGGCGGCCUCGGUCUCGCAGCCUUGGCGAGCCGCGGCACCAGCCGCAGCUCCGCGCCGUCCGCGUGCCGCGUCUACGACGCUUCCAAGGAGAUCGGCGCCUGCGACCCCUUGCUCUUCUGGGAUCCCAUUGGCUAUUGCCAGGGGGACUGCACCAAGCAGGACUUUGACCGGCGCCGGGCAGUGGAGCUCAAGCACGGCCGCAUUUGCAUGUUCGCCACCAUCGGCAUGGUGUGGCCGGACAUCUUCGGGAAGUUCGACGGGUACCUGUCGCCCUCCCAGAACCUGAAAUUCGCGGACGUGCCCAGCGGCAUCGCUGCCAUCUCGAAGGUGCCCUUGGAGGGAUGGCUUCAGGUCUUUCUGGUCGCUGGCCUCAUUGAGACUCAGCUCUUCAAGGACCAGUCCUUCGGCGGCUUCGGCUACGCCAAGUACGGGGAGCCGGGGAAUUUCGGCACGGGCUACUGGGGCCGGAAGAUCAAGGACGCUGGGGAGCGGAAGCUGAAGCUCACCACGGAGCUGAACAACGGGAGGCUGGCCAUGGUGGCCAUGGCGGGCAUGCUCAUCCAGAACGGCCUCACAGGUCAGGCUCCCAUUGAGCAGCUGACUGCGGGCCACUUCUCGCCCUUCAACGAUGGCCAAGGCGCCUUCGCCCAGUUCGACCCCUCCAAGGAGCUCGGCGCCUGCCCGCCCUUGGGCUACUGGGACCCCUUCGGCAUGAUGGCCUUCCAGGACGAGGCAAAGUUCAGGAAGAACCGUGAGCUGGAGCUGAAGCAUGGUCGCAUUUGUAUGGUUGCCACCAUUGGCAUGAUCGUGCCAGACCUCUUCGGGCGUUUUGGCGGCUACCUUUCUCCCUCCAUGAACCUGAAGUUCACGGACGUCCCUUGCACCAUUGAGGCCAUCUACAAGGUGCCCACGGAGGGCUGGCUGCAGAUCUUCGCCUUGGCCGGAGCGCUGGAGGCCAAGAACCUGGCCUUCCCCACGAACUAUGGCUAUCCCCCGUUCUGGGGCCAGAUCAACACGCUUUCCGCGGAGGAGAAGAAGAAGAAGCUGCUGGCCGAGAUCAACAACGGGCGCCUGGCGAUGAUGGCCAUGGCCGCCAUCGUGGCCCAGAACGGCGCCACGGGGCAGAGCUUGGUGGAGCAGUUCACCACCGGCAACUUGAACCCCUUUGUGGGCGGCUACGCCAAGCAGGAGCUCCAGUCCGGCACCGCGCUGCGCGCCAACUCGGAGGCGUUGCCCUGGGCGCCGGUGCCGGAAGGUCUGACCAACAACAUCUUCGGGCCCUACAUCGGCGAUGCCGGCUUUGACCCCGCGGGCUUCGCCAAGAACAAGCGGCUCUUGCCUUGGCAGCUCUGGUACCGCGAGGCGGAGUUGGCCCACGGCCGCGUGUGCAUGCUGGCGGUGUUGGGCUUCACCGUCCAGACCAGCGGCGCCAAGUGGGAGCCCUUCAUCACCCGCUAUCCCACAGACUCCGCGGACCCCCUGAAGGCAGCCACUCAGGUGCCCAUCAUCGGCUGGCUGCAGAUCAUCACGGUGAUCGCCCUGUCCGAGCUGUGGAGAUACGAGAACGUCAUCAGCAAAUACGGUGAGGGUGUUCAGCCAGGGGACCUGGGCUGGAACGUGGAUGCGCCCGCCGGCGGCAAGAGGCCCAAGUGGUUUGGCCCCACCUUCACUGCCAAGUACACCCCUCAGGAGUGGAACAACAUGAAGCUGCGUGAGAUCAAGCAUUGCCGUCUGGCCAUGGUGGGCUUCUUCUUCAUGGUGCUCACCAACGCCUCCACCGGCGUGGGCCCUUCCUUGAUCCCGUCCUUCACCCAGUCGGAGUUCCAGUCCUCUGUGGGAGACUUCAUCCCCAAGGGCCUCUGA